GGCAGCAAGCAUCAGGACCAGUUGGGAGUCAGUCACCGCUCAACCUCAGCAGCGCGCAAAACGCAGACUCACUCACUCUCUCGCUCACUCACCGGCCCUCGUUUUCCGCUUUAAAGAAAGCAACACAUGUGAGUUUGUUUCUGCUGAGCUACAGGACACGGACGGGACAAGCUUGAGAGAGGAAACGCAGGUAAACGGAAUCUAAGCUUUUACAGAGAGGAGGAAAGGAAGUCCCCCUUCACAGCUACCACCUUUUUCCUCCCUCCUCGGACCUCGGUUCUCUUCUGGAGACACAAGUUUCUCUCACAAAAAAAGGGAUGCUGCAUGUUCCCGAGCCACACUUGCACUCAGAGGGAACCUAAAGUGGACCGGAGCGGAAUUACACUUCAUCUGAUGCAAGCGCACCAAAACGGACACUUUUACUGACUGGAGGAUCAACGCGCUCCAUAAAAUGAUCCCAAUCGGCGACGUGAUACCAUGUCGCAUCUCGUCUGAUGUUUGACACAUUUGAGGAGCCACUAAAGAAACUGGAGGAGGACAUUACAAAGUCAGAGAAUUCAUCCCAAGGCCCGCUGGCACCUUUUUACUGGAGUCCGAACAACAGAUCGCCGUCCAGAUGCAGUUUCGACUCUUCUCAUUUGCCCUGAUCGUAUUGAACUGUAUGGAGUACAGCAACUGUCAGGCGCCGUCGCACCGCUGGAGGAGAAACAAAAGAGCUAGCUAUGCAGCGUAUCCCAUCUGUAAAGGCUGCUCGGUGUGCUCCAGGGACAACGGCUGUGUAAACUGCCAGCCCAAACUCUUCCUGUUUCUGCGGAGGGAGAGGAUGAGGCAGUACGGGGAGUGUCUUCACGACUGUCCAGCCGGAUACUACGGCAUGCGCAGCCCCGAACUCAACAUGUGCUCCAGGUGCAGGAUAGAGAACUGCGAGUCCUGCUUCAGUAAAGACUUCUGCACCAAGUGCAAGUUGGGUUUUUACCUACACAAAGGGCGCUGCUUUGAUAAGUGCCCCGAGGGCUUUGCUCCACUGGAGGAUACUAUGGAGUGUGGAGAGGGCUGCGAGGUGGGCCAGUGGAGCGAAUGGGGAGCCUGCACCAGGAGAAACAAAACCUGUGGCUAUAAGUGGGGUCUGGAGACCCGGACGCGACACAUUGUAAAGAAACCACCCAAGGACACAAUACCCUGUCCUACCAUCGCUGAGUCCAGGAUGUGCAAAAUGGCCAUGAGGCACUGCAGGAGAGGUGGCUCAGGGAAGCACCGACCCAAAGAACCAAAGAAGAAGAACAAGCAAAGGCUGCGGUUUCGGGCCCAGAACCAGCACAGUGACCACUUGGCCUCUGCGCGCUCCAGCCAGUGAGGACUGAAACUACCCAUUGAACAAAGAACCAACGCAAAGCUGCUAGCCGCUGCUGCACCCAUAUUCUGACAAAUGACUAUCAUGAACCCCACCACCUCCCCACCUGCCUCCCAGUCCUCCCCCACCUCCCCACACAGCCACGACUCACAAAUCUGUCACUACAAAAAAUAUAUGUCUAACGUACGGUAUCAGUAUCAACACACUAAACACAUGCUUCAUGUCUCUGCCUCCCAUUGCUUCUCCCCCUACUGCAGUGAGCAGCCAGGUGACUCUGUUCCCCCAGCCCUGCCCCACCCCUUGCCUUGCCUUGUGGACCUUUACAGUUGACAUUACUGAACUCAUUUCCCAUCAUUAACAAUGUCAUUAACCAUCCAAGGUGAUGGAAAACGGACGGACAACCAGAGACUGUGCAGAUGGGAGAGCCAGAUAGAGGGAGGUGGAUAGGAGAGGUAGUGAGGGAGCUGGCGAGCUAAACUGCUCACGCAAUUAGGUGGAGCGGGGGGGAGGUUGAACCAGGGAGGAUGAAUAAAAAAGAUGGAGGAUGGAGAGGCAGAAGAGAUUCGGCAUAAGCAAAUGUUGCUGAUGGACAAGAAAAUGGCAUCUUGAACUGAAAGAGACUGUUUUUUGUUCCUAUAUUUAUGUCAAAGCUACCCUCACCUUUCCUCUAAAUGGAGACGGAGUGUUCCCAUGUGUGGCCUUUAUGUUAUGUACAUUUUUGAGAGUAAUAUUAAAGAAAUUACCAUG